GAAAAAUAUUAAAAAAUAAAAAAUAAACAUAAUUAUUUAAAGUUUGUCUCUGUAAAAACAAAAGAGCAUUUGGUGUUUUACUUCAUUUGGAGGUCUCCAUGUUUUUUUCCUUCCUUCUGUUUACUUGAAGUUCCUCCAACUUCGUUUGCAAAACAGAGUGCUGACUAAAUUUGAGCUGAAAUAGGGAGAAGCUUCCUAAUUUCUGAUGCAAAAUACUCAGUUCUUUUAGUGAUCAAAGAGUUAUAGAUUUCAGUGAUGGAAAAAGACUUUGGACUUAAAGUUCUUCUAGUUGUGCAAUUUGUAUUGCUCUCAAUCAGCUUAUCACAUCAACUCCAAUCUUCACAAGCAAAUACUCUAUUGAGGAUUCAAGAUCUUCUGAACUAUCCAAAUGCUUUGAGUAGUUGGAAAAAUGACACUGAUUUCUGUAACACUGAGCCAAGUUCAACUGUUACUGUUAUCUGCUAUGAGGAAAGCAUAACUCAGCUUCAUAUAAUAGGGGAAAAUGGGGCUUCAAAGUUACCAAAAAACUUCUCGAUCGAUUCGUUUGUCACUACUAUUGUUAAGCUUCCAAGUUUGAAAGUUCUAAGAUUAGUUUCUCUUGGUUUAUGGGGGCCAUUGCCUAAUAAACUUUCUAGACUUUCAUCAUUGGAGAUACUAGACCUUAGUUCAAAUUUCUUUCAUAGUAAGAUACCUCAAGAAAUUUCAUCGUUAACGAGCCUCCAAACUUUAAUCCUAGAUGGAAAUAAGUUCACUGGAAGACUUCCAAAUGGACUUGGUUCACUUGUUGUUUUGGCGGUUUUGAGUGUGAAGAACAAUUCUUUACAAGGACAUUUACCCGAUACGUUGGGAGAUUUGCAUAAUCUUCGCGUACUUGUACUUUCGAGGAAUAAUUUUACUGGUGAUGUGCCGGACUUUAGUAAUCUAGAAAACCUUCAAGAACUAGACUUGGAAGAUAAUUUUCUUGGACCGAAAUUUCCACAAGUUAGCAGCAAAAUUGGAAGCAUUAUACUAAGGAAAAAUAAGUUCACUGCAGGAAUUCCGGAGAAAGCUCAAUCCUAUCAUCACCUUGAACAUAUGGAUAUUUCUUCAAACAGAUUUAUGGGUCCGUUUCCUCCGUAUUUGCUGUCCUUGCCAUCGAUCACUUAUCUUAACGUUGCUGAAAACAAGUUAACGGGGAUGCUUUUUGAAGAUAAUCAAUGCAAUGCCGGAUUAGAUUUUGUGGAUUUAUCGACUAAUCUAUUGAGUGGAAAAUUACCUAAUUGCCUUUUUUCUGGUUCUAAGCAAAGGAUCGUGCGUUUCUCUAACAACUGUUUAGCAACAACUGGAGACAGAACUCAACAUCCGUUUUCUUUCUGUCAGAAUGAGGCGUUGGCUGUUGGUAUCUUACCUCAUCAUCAUAAACAUAAAGUGGUUCUUGCUUUGAUCAUUUGUGGUAGCAUUAUUGGUGGAAUCGUUCUAGUUUGCGUGACUAUUAUAGUAGUCAGAAAGUUUCUUGCAAAGAUAGCUGCACCGAAGAAAACAACAAGAUCAAUAGUAGAAAAUGCAUCAUCUACCUAUACAUCAGAAUUAUUCACAGCUGCAAAAGGAUAUGUUACUCGAGCAACAAAGAUGGGAUCACUUAGCCUUCCAUCUUAUCGGACCUUUUCACCGCAAGAGCUUAAGGUGGCAACAAACAACUUUGAUGCAGCAACUUUUAUAGGCAACAAUUCUGACGACCAGAUAUACAGAGGUCAGCUGAAAGAUGGUUCAUACAUUGCCAUUAGAUGCCUGAAAACGAAACGAAACACCAGUAGUCAAAAUUUUAUGCAUCAUAUAGAAUUGAUGCCAAAACUUAGACAUCAUCAUCUGGUCAGCACUCUUGGACACUGCUUUGAGUGUUAUUUGGAUGAUUCGAGCGUUAGCAGAAUAUUUCUCGUCUUUGAGUAUGUAACAAAUGGGACAUUAAGGAGCUGGAUCUCUGAUAAACAUGCUAAACGAAGGCUAACGUGGACACAACGUGUAGCAGCUGCUAUAGGAGUAGCAAGGGGAAUACAGUUUUUGCAUACUGGAAUUGUACCUGGUAUAUUUUCAAAUAAUUUGAAGAUAACAGAUAUAUUGUUGGAUCAGGACCUUGUUGCCAAAAUUUGCAGCUAUAAUUUGCCUAUUCUGGCUGAGAAUGUAAAGGAAAACUUUCAAAAUUUAUCUAGUGGUUCUAAGGAGCUGAAGAGUGCAAGGGCUAAUUAUGAAGAGAAGGUGGAUGUAUUUGACUUUGGAGUGAUAUUAUUGGAGAUAAUUAGUGGGAGGCAGAUAAAUACCAAGAAUGAAGUGAGAGUUACACAAAAUCAGUUGCAAGAGAGCAUAAUGGCUAAUGUAGUGUCAAGAAAGAAUGUGAUUGAUCCGGCAAUUAGAGAUUCAUGCUCAGACGAAUCAUUGAAGACAAUGAUAGAGAUUUGCUGCAGGUGUUUGGUACAAGAUACAGAAGAUAGGCCCUCAGUUGAAGAUGUAAUAUGGUAUUUGCAGUUUGCUGCUCAAGUUGAGGAUACAUGGAGAAGGGACUCCUCAAGUAGUGAUGCCUCUCCAAUUUCCCAUCUCUACAACCUUAAACCCAACUUGUCACGCAAUAGCAAUAGCCUGCCUGUGUGAGUUUGCUCACAUUCCCGGUCCAAUGACGCAUAAAGGAGGGUUAUAGUAGGCCAGCUAGCGUAAAACUUGUCAAUUCAUGAUAAUGACGUGAAUUGAGCUUAAAUGGAGAAGAUUCAUACAACCGACUUUGUUUGAAGGUGGUGAAUUCACCUGCUGCUAAAAGCAUACAACGGCCUGUCGCUGCCUGCUCUCGGAGAUCUCUAAGCCACGAAAAAGUGAAAAGGAAUAAUUUUCUGUAUAGAUAAACUUGACAAUACUUUAAGUUUUCAUAGAGUUUCAAUCAAGUUUUUGAACUAGUUUCGAACUCAUAUUCGCCAUUGAAUUAUCGAAAUGGCUCAACAACCCUUAAAUCCGUAUACGUUGAACAGGAAUGGAAGGCUGUGAUACUAUUUCCAACAUGGAUUUAAGUUAUAUACCGUGUAAAGACUUUUUA